AUGGACGUCUCAAACAAACGAAAGGAAGAUUCGGAUGUUAGUCCUUCGCCGAACAAAAUCAAAAAGCGGCCACCACCUAUUCGUCCUUGCACCACUGCCUCGCUGGACGAUGUCGCAUUCAAAUGGACAGCAGCCGACGUGCAGGACCAUUAUCGUCUUGAGACCGUCCUUCAUCCCGGCCACCACCUAGGAUUUCUGAAGAAGUAUCCCCACAGCGCGGUGUUCGUUCAAUGCACCAGCGCGCCACCAGAGCAAAUGCUCAAUCUGAAGCCAGUCAUUCAUCGGAACGUCGUUCAAUUAUGGCGCGUUUAUACGAAGGGCGAUUCACUCUCUAUGGUUUAUGAAAUGACAAUCGCGUCGUUGAAUGAUAUCUUGAGUUUUCGGCCCCACUGGACCAUCGCGGAAACAGCUGCAAUAUGCCAUAGUGUGCUUUCAGCGUUGAAGUACAUUCACGGGUCAUUGGGGAUUUCUCAUGGUGACCUCGGAGUACGUAGCCUCCGGCUCGACUCGGAUGGCCUGGUAAAGAUCGCCAACAUUGGCGAGAGCUUACUUCGUGGGAACCAUGACUACGAUAAGGAUAUCCGGGAUUUCGGUGUUAUUGUCAAACGAAUUGCUGAGCCCAACGAGCUGAAACUCCCAACAUUGGCGGACUUCCUUUACCGCGUCGAACGUGGCGAAAGUGCCUCGGAUUUACUUCAGCACGAGUUUCUAAGAAAUUCUAAUGGCCCAGAACAACUUGCACACUGUGUCAUUACUUGGCUUGCCACUCGAAUCUUCGUUCCGUAG